GCUGCAGCUGGAGUUGAGAGCAGGGGAAGCUGGACACCUCCUGCAGGACAUCUGCUGCUUAGUACAGGUCCACUUUCUUUAGCUAAAGGGCAUGUGAUGCGUUCUCCUCCUCCCUAGCCCGCCUGUGUCAAGGACUCUGCUUCUGUUUGCCACCUGCGUUUUCUCACUUCUUUCAUGACUCCUAAGGAGCAAAGAACUAAGAGUGCUACUGAACUUGAGACUCGGGGAGACUUGAGGCAUGCCAUAAUCACAAGGGAAUACAUUUCUAUGUAGAAAAUAACAAGCUGCAAGAGAAUCAGAACCAUAGUCAAAAGAGUGGUAAGCAAUGAGUUCCAAGCAGCAAUGCGUGAAACUAAAUGAUGGCCACCUCAUUCCAGCCCUGGGCUUUGGCACAUAUAAACCUGAAGAGGUUCCUGAAAAUAAGCCCCUGGAGUCUAUAAAUUUAGCUAUAGAGGCUGGGUUCUGCCAUAUUGAUACUGCUUAUGUGUAUCAAACAGAAAAGGAUGUAGGGCAGGCUAUUCGAAGCAAGAUUGCAGCUGGCAUUUUGAAGAGAGAAGACAUAUUCGUCGUUACAAAGCUUUGGUGCACUUUCCUUAGACCAGAGCUGGUUCUAUCUAACUUGGAAAAAUCAUUGAAAAACCUUCAACUGCAUUAUGUUGACCUCUAUAUCAUUCAUUACCCAGUGCCAAUGAAGCCAGGGGAGGAUCUGUUUCCAGAAGAUGAACAUGGGAAAACAUUAUUGGACACUGUGGAUAUCUGUGCCACAUGGGAGGCUAUGGAGAAGUGUAAGGAUGCAGGAUUGGUCAAAUCCAUUGGGGUGUCCAACUUUAAUAGCAGGCAGCUGGAGAAAAUCCUGAAUAAGCCUGGGCUUAAGUACAAACCUGUCUGUAACCAGGUAGAAUGCCAUCUUUACCUGAACCAGAGCAAGCUGUUGAACUACUGCAGGUCAAAGGACAUUGUUCUAGUUGCCUACAGUGCUCUUGGAUCUCAGCGGCCUAAACGAUGGGUGGACCCAAACUCCCCAGUUCUCUUGAAUGAUCCAGUUCUUUGUGACAUGGCAAAAAAACACAAGCGAAGUCCGGCCCAGAUUGCUCUUCGUUACCAUCUUCAACGUGGAAUUGUGGUCCUUGCCCAGAGUUACAAAGAGAAUGAGAUAAAAGAGAACUUACAGGUGCUUGAAUUUGAGCUGCCAUCAGAGGAUAUGAAAAUCCUAGACAGCCUGAACAGAAAUUUAAGAUAUGCACCCGCUCCAUUUGGUGAGGGCCACCCAGAAUACCCCUUUUCUGAUGAAUUUUAAUGAGGAAGCCUUUGUCAUGACUUCCAUCCCAAGUCCGAUGUCCUCUAUUUGGAUGGUGAUGUGGGCGACAUCAGAGAUGCUGUCAAUUGAACAUAUCUCACUUCUGCUCAAUCUGAACUGCUUAACAACUCAAUUUGAAGUAGAGUUGUGUCCACCAGUGCACCAUAAUUCAUUACAUUUUCAUCAUGCUUUGAAAUAAUGCUAAUGUUGCCUAUAAAAAGAUCUUUCUCUAGUACUAUAGGUGAAACUGUGGAAGUCUCAGGCUAGGGCGGGAAGCCAGCACUCAGGGAGGAGGGGGAAAGCCUCACUCACAGCCGUUUCCGCUGGUCUGGGGUCUUAACUUGCCUCGAACAGAGACCAGAUUAGCUCCUCUUCAGGAAUGGAACUGGGUAGGUUUUUCCUGGUUUUAUGCGGUGCCCUGCAACUUCAAGUGCCCGCCAGCAGGGGAGGAAGCUGAGGGUGGGAGGCACCCAGGCCUUUGGAAUUUGCCCCAC